CCUGGAACAGGUCACGUCGCGACGUCGCGUAUCCUCCAUCCACCGACAGCAGCAGGUGAAGAGAGUGUACCUAGGGGGGUCGUAGCCGUGGCGGCUCAAAACGGGGCCACCGCUGAAGGGCCUACGUUGGGGUCCUUCAGUUUUCUCGCAGGCCGUGGGGUCAGUGUCAAUAAUAUUCGGGGUUUUUUUAGCUCGCGGAUCGGAGCUGCCCUUCCAGAUACAGGAUGGAAGCAAACGAUACUUGCCCUUCCCAAAAAAUUACUAUCGGGGACCUCCCUGGUACACCUAAACGGGAGCUCUGUCGGAAAGGAGGAUGUCAGUUUACCAAAAGUUCCAGUUCCUUUGCUAGAGGAUACCAUAAGAAAAUACCUUAAGACACUCCGUCCUCUUUUAAGUGAGGAAGAACAUGCAGAUAUUACGAAGAUCGCCGAGAAUUUUGCAAGUGAAGGUGGAUUAGGCCGAAAAUUACAACUUUAUUUGUUAAACAGACAAGAAAAAAUGGAAAAUUGGGCGUAUGAUUACUGGCUAAACGACUUAUACCUGAACUACCGAGACCCAAUACCAAUAAACAGUAAUCCAGGUAUGGUUUUUCCUCCAAGAAAGUUCACUACCAUCCUGGAUGUUGCAAGAUUUACAGCUCGCCUAAUAGAUGCGGCCCUAACUCAUAAGGAUGUUCUAAAUAGAAGAGCUCUACCCAUUGAAAGAGCGACCUCGAGAGAACCUGGACAACAAUUGUGCAUGGCACAAUAUUAUAGAAUAUUAGGAUGCUGUAGAAUUCCUGGAAAAAUAAGAGAUUCACAAUAUAUUGCUGAAAGAUACAGGGAGGAGCAAGCAAGCGAACACUUAAUUGUUAUCUGUCGAAAUCAGCUCUAUUGUAUUCCUAUCCAGGCUGGAGAUCGUGGUAGAUUAAGCGAAGAUGAAAUUUGUGCUCAACUUUUAUAUAUUUUGGAUGAUGCACCUCUUCAAAUGGGAAAAGUUCCUCCUGUUGGAAUGCUUACAGCAUGGAAAAGAGCUUUAUGGGCUGAAGCAAGGGAAGACUUGAUGAAGGAUGAUAAAAAUCGCCGAAACAUUGAAUUAAUCACUAAAUCCUUAUUAGUCGUUUGCUUAGAUGAAGCUUUACCAGCCAGUUUCAACUGUCGAAAUCCUAAAGGAGGAAAAGGUUAUUACGUUGGUUCACGUGACGAAAGCAAUCUCUGCCACCAAAUGAUCCAUGGUGGAGGUUCAACGUAUAACUCCGCCAAUCGUUGGUUCGACAAAACUAUCCAGCUCAUUAUCUCUACCGAUGGCGCAUGUGGACUGUGUUACGAACACUCUAUGGCAGAAGGUGUAGCAGUAGUUCAGCUUAUUGAGAACUUUUGGAAACAUGCUGAGUCAUUACCAGAAAUUUCCGAAGUCCCGUCUGCAAGCCAUUUACCUCCUCCCGAAAAACUUGAAUGGGUAUUGGAAGCUACUGAUAUUAAAAGGAUCGAAGAUGCGACGGAACUAAUAGAUAACUUAGUUAAGGAUCUGGACUACCAAGUUUAUAGAUUUACCUCUUACGGCAAGGAUUUUAUAAAAUCUUGCCGUGUCAGUCCAGAUGUGUUCAUUCAGUUAGCUUUGCAACUAGCCUACUAUAAGCUUUAUGGCAAGCUGGCAGCUACCUACGAAAGUGCCAGUACGAGAAGAUUUUUGUUGGGGAGGGUUGACUGUAUUAGAUCAGCUAGUCCGGAAGCUCUUCAGUGGGUUAAAGCGAUGACCCAACCUAAAGAGGAUAAUGAUUAUGACGUAGGAAAUAAAAAGGUAACUUUUCAUUUGGUAAGCGACGAUGAGAAGUUUCAACUUUGGCAGGAUGCAAUUAGAGCCCAAACUCAAGAAAUGAUCGACAAUAUAUUGGGUCAGGGUAUUGAUAUUCAUUUAUUGGGGCUUCGAGAAGCAGCGAGAGAAACUUCACCCACUGCAGCCAGUCCUUUACCUAACCUAUUUACUCAUCCAUCUUACAGGCUAGCAAACAAGUUUCUCUUAUCCACUAGUCAAGUGGCUACCAAUGCAGAUUCCUUUAUGGGUUAUGGUCCAGUGGAGCCAGAUGGAUAUGGAGCCUCGUAUAAUCCCAAGUCCGAUCAUAUAAUUUUUUGUAUUUCGGCUUUUUGGUCCUCGGAGAUUACUAGUACCAGUAAAUUUGCCCAAUCCUUAGAAGAAAGUUUAAAUGCAAUGCAGGAAUUAUUAAAGCGGCCUAACAAUUCCACUUAGAUUUCUUUUUAUUGUUAGUUAUAUUUUCAGAUAUUAAUACAUUACUAAAAAGUUAUGCAAGAUCGGAUGUUAGAAAAAUUAAAAGAGGUCGUCCAUUUUAUGGACGGGUGUUAAAAGUAAAAUCGCUGAUAAAAGAUGUUUUACUUGAAUUUUAAUUUGAUUAUAUUGAUAGUAAAGAAAUAGUCCAUACUUGCAGUGGAGUCAUCGGUUAAGGUAAAAUGAAAAUCCUGCAGUCUACUUCCACUUAUUUAUUAAACAUUCAGUUAUUUCAAAACUUUCGCACACAGCGGUGUCUAUCAUCAGGGGAUAAAAGUUUUAAAUUUAGUGUUAGAUAUACGCCCCAGGGUUUGAUGUCAUGUCAAAAAAACCCUCUAUUUAUUAUUAAUGUUUUUUUUUUUAAUUUCAUCAUUUUAAUUUUUUUUGUUUACAUGACACAACGUAAAAGGGAUAAAAGGUUUAAAAUUGGUGUUAGAUAUACGGCCUAGGGUUUGGAAAUUGGAAUUAAACCUUGGGGCGUAUAACUAACACCAAUUUUAAACUUUUUAUCCCCCGAUGAUGGACACCGCUGUGUCCCAAACAUGUCGGGAGUUUUAAAUAACUAAAUGUUUAAUAAAUAAGUGAAGGCAGACUGCAGGAUUCUCAUUUUACCUUAAUUAUAUUGCUAUGCUUUUUUUUUUUUUUAAUGGAUUGUUAUUUUUAUAUUUUAAUAAUAUAGAUUGUUAUCUAGUCUGAAUUUUCAUUUAUCUAAGCGUUUUACAUAUUACUGUAAAGUUAUUUAAAAAUUGUUUUUUGUUUAUAAAAUUGUAUCAUUUAAAAGACGUGCUAUCAGUAUAGGAUGUUAAUUAUUAUAGACAUAUACAGUUAAAUGUAUGCUUUAAGUGUAAUAAAUCAGUAUUAAAUCUUUAUUUACAUUAAAACAAAUAUAUAUGAUUGUUAUAACUUUUAGAUUUCUAUAUUAUGUUAAUUUAUGUUAAGUUUAUUAUAUUGUA